CUUGCCAGGAGACGGCAGAGACUGACCACCACCGUGACGUCAACGACAACAUCACCCCCUGCCCCGGGUCCGCGAGGGCCACCCAUGUUUGGGCCAUGCUGUCGGCCAUGCUGUUGGCCGUGGCCGCCAUGUUGUGUAAGGAGACUGGGAUCACGGUUUUGGGCGUGGUCUUCUGCUAUGACGUCAUCGUGACGAGAAACGAUAUCAGAAGGGACUUCAUGCAAAGAACUUUGUCUGUUAACUCUGUACGAUGUGUCAAACGUUGUGUCGUCAUCACAAUAACGGUGGUCACGGCUCUGCUAGUGAGGGGGUUGGCCAUGAACUUUCAGCAGCCGACCUUCAAACAGGAGGACAACCCGGCGGCUUUCGCUACGUCAUUUCUAGCCAGGUCAUUGACCUUCAACUAUCUGUCGUAUUUCAAUGCGUGGCUGCUACUCAACCCGUCUCUGCUGAGCUACGAUUGGUCAGGGACGAGCAUUCCCCUGAUUGAGUCAUGGGCUGAUCAUCGCAAUGUAUACACGCUGGCGUUCUACGUGACGUCACUUCUUGUAUGCUGCGCAUGUCUGAGGACGAUGAGUGGCCAGGAAAACAAAGACAGCACAAGAACCAAAGCGAGGUUGCUGCCUGUUGUUGCCGUGCUGAUGAUGGUGCUGCCCUACAUUCCCGCCUCCAAUCUCUUCUUCACUGUUGGCUUUGUCGUGGCCGAGAGAAUACUUUACAUCCCCAGUAUUGGCUUCUGUCUGCUGGUCGCCCACGGUCAUCAGGUGCUGAGCUCGAGGUUUCCUAAGUUCAAGGUCGCGCUGAUGGUCAGCUUUGUUUGUCUUCUGGUCGUCAUGGCGACCCGAACCAUCCACAGAAACAAAGUCUGGGACUCCAGAAGCUCGUUGUUCAGGUCAGGGGUCAAGGAUUUGCCAGAAAAUGGGAAGGUUCACUACAACAUGGCCAACUUGUUGAGGGACGAAGGGGACAUCAAAAUGGCGGAGGUCCAUUACCGUCUGGCUAUCAAGUACAAUCCCAACCAUGCAAGCUACCACCUUAAUCUGGGGGCGGUGCUAGCUAACAGCACAGAGUCAAAAAUGUGCUACCUGGAGGCCUUAAGGCUAAAACCUAACCACAAAGGUGCAAUGGUUAACCUUGGUGGUUUAAUGCUAGAGGAAGGCAACCUGGCUGGUCUGAACCUAGUGGAGCGUGCCCUUGACCUUGACCCCAACUACCUUGAAGGGCUGCUCACCCUGGGUAAAUACCACCUGUUGCAGGAGGAUUACCACCCAGCUGAGGGCUACAUCACGCAAGCUUUGAGCAACCAGCCUGACAGCAUUGAUGGACAUUACUAUCAUGGGCUUUACUUGCAUAGAAAAGGAGAUCUCGACAGAGCUUUGCUUGAAUACAAGUAUGUUUUAACCAACAAACCAAAAAAUAUCUUAGCAAUGCAAAGCAUGGCUAAACUGUGUAUACAAUUAGGCAAUUUUUCAGAAGCCGUCAGCCUGCUCAACAAGGCCAUUCAGCUCCAAAGAAAUUGCAGUGAGUGUUUUAGCCUGCUUGGCAGCGUCUACUCCAAGACAGGGCAGGGUAAAGAUGCAGUGUUGACCUAUAAGCUGGCCACACAGAUGUCACCCAAUAACACCAAAGUGCAGCUCAAAUAUAUCCAGUCCCUAAAAGAAAACAACCAGAGUGAACAAGCCUGGGCUCACCUUAUCUUUCUCAUGGACAAGGUCCCCAAUGAUCUGACCGUGGUUUGGUUUGCAUUUAACUUUUCUAUGGAGCAGCGAAGAUUGGACAGUGCAGCUCAGUUCAUACAAGGUGCCUUAGAAAUAGCUGAGAAGACAGAGGACAAAGCUUUGAAACAAUUGUACAAAGAUCAAGCGGAGAUAUUUAGAUUAAAGCAAGAUUAUGAUAAUGCACUAAAGUUUUAUGAAAAGUCUUUAGAAAAAGAUCCAGAUUAUGUGGAGGCACGAAAUGGCGCUGGCGCUUUGUAUCACAUAAAGGGAAAUUAUCAAAAAGCUGAAGAAUAUUACCUUCAAGUUCUGAAGGUUGAACCAAAUAACAAACUGGCUAAAGUUAAUCUUCAAAAACUAAGAUCUUUAUACAGAUGAGGAGUAGAAGAUACAAAAAGUAUCACAGCCCAACAAGAAGGGAUUAAAAAUGGUCACAGAAAAAGUGGUGUAUGCCAAUGAAAGGACUGGUGAUAGAAAAGUGGUGCACAGGUCUAGGUAGUGACUCAUCAUCCUCUUUUCCUUUUUGUGCGCAAGACUUAUGGGGCCAUCACAGAAAGCUGCAAGACACAUGGGCCACCACAGAAAGCUCUCUCCACUUUUGUUAGUCACCGGCAAUUUUCCUGGCAGUCCCCCAUGAAAGAGGUAGAAACUGGUUACUGAAAAAAGAUUCCUAUUCAGCCACAUGAUGCUGGUCAAAACAAGGCUCUACCAUUUUACAGUGGUAUUCAGGAAACUCGGACAUGUCACUCUAUGUAGGUCAGUUUAGAUGUUUUUUCUGCACUCAUUCAUAAUAAGUGUUAGAAAUGCUACAUCACACAACUUCUUCGUUCUUAAUUUUAGUGUUGGAAGGGAUCCCCUCCAACACAAUGAAGUAUAUGUGUCAACUGGGAAUCUCCUCUCAUCACAUAACGAAAAUCAGUAUUUAUGCACAAGCUAGUUCUGCCCGAGAUAUAUUUAUUCAUAUAAAAAAAAUAGUUGUCAGGAUAACUCCGCUAAUUCCUGGUUUUACAUUUAACUUUAUUGUUUUCUUUAAUAAUAUGUUGGGUUUUUCACUACAAAUAAAUGUGCAAUAUUUACUUUUUAAUCAGUGGUAUUAUGUUCAUUUAAAAUAAAGUUUAGAAUUUUAGACCACCUAAAGUUCUAUUGUUUCAACAGCUAUUUUUUAAAUUUUAAUAUGUCUUGUAUUUGUAUAUGUAAGUUUGUCAUGUAUUAAUAACAAUACAUGUGCCUUAAAUAUACAUUAAGAUACAAAUCAAUUUUUUUAAUUAUUCGAGAAUACCAGAAUGAGUGUUAUUUCUAGAUAUAAAUAUUAAUCACUACAAAAACAAUAGUGUUUAAACUACAUUUUAGAAACUCAAUACCAUUAAAUUAUGAGGUCAGCAAUAAUAGACCUUUAAUUAAAGAUUUACGAUGAAUUUGCUUUUACUUAAGCAUACAACAUGAAUUAGUAUAAUUAAUAGAAUAGAAAUAUAAUUUAUUAAAAGAGUUAUUAUUCUCUUCUUAAUUAUGUU